AUGAGUGCCUUCGGAAAAAUCAAGUGCUAUCUUGCCUGCUUCUUGCUCUUCUACACUUUCUACUUGCACGACUACAAGUGCCACCAAGUCAGAGAAAGCUCGCCCUUCGACGUGGGUGCUUUGAUCCAGCCUGCUCAGCCUUACCACAACUACGUGUGUGGCUCGCUCCAGACUGGCUCCAACAACGUCCACGCUUUCUUGGACAGAACAAUUCACGCCCACCCAUUGUUCAUCAAGUACGAGGGUGCUCAGAAACUUGCUUUGCUCAGACAGACCUACGCUACUUACUUGUUCCCUGUGCUCAAGCCAGUUUUGCAAGCGGUCGACUUCGUUGAGUUCCAUGUCGUCGAACAUUUUGACCACCAGUUCCACCGUGUAAAGGCCUUGUUGGUCGGUGCCGAAGAGAAGGUGGAGGAAGUCAAGGAGGCUGUUGAGGAAGCUGCUGAAUAAGUGUGAUUGAAAAUUUCGAGAGUGAAAAUGCCUUGACUUUGACUAUAGAAGAAUGGUCGUUAGCAUUUUUGUGAAGACGUAAUUGUUCAAUCUGCUCAAUUGGUCAAUGAAUUCAGAGAAUGUGAAUGAUCUACGCCGUGAAAUAGUGACUUACAUGCGUACCAGCUUAAGUACGUGAUCGUCCGUUGUGAAACUUACAGUCUAAAUCUACAUCUCUAGCCAGGGUUUUUCGUCUCUCUUGUAUAUUCUAUUUUUUCGCUGAUUUCCGUACAAGUAGUAUACUUGAUCUGUACGGCUAUAUAAUUCCAAUAUAUAUACCCUUAU